AUGGCCGACUUACCCCAACGUACCAAUUACACCGCGGCUUACUCUGGCUUGCUCGACAACUUGUAUCUUACCCUCGCCAUCGCCGGUGCUUGUUUGGGCGGAUAUGAACUCCUCGUUCAUAUGCCUCGGCGGCGAGGAAAGCAAGGUCGAUUUCAGAGAGUUCCCGUCAGGGCGUUCUUCGCCCUGAAGCGGUUCUGGACGAAUCGGAAACGAGGCAGAAUAAGAAACAACAGCUCCAGUUAUCCUUCGGAUCAUAAGCGACAGACGACAGAGGAUACCGCUCAGACCAAGACGAGUAAGGAAGAAUUCGAAAGAGCGAGACUUGGAUCGCAGGAAGAUUGGGAGUUUGGCUAUAUCUAUCAACCGAAAGCAUGGGCAGUCAAUGCUUCCCCUCCCUUACCACGAUGGCCGUUAGCUUGGAUAGCUACCGCUCUCAAAGUUAAGGAAAGAGAUAUGCCAGACAAAUGCGGUUUGGAUCACACUCUCCAUGCACGAUUCCUCAGAGGUUGCUUGUUCUACACCAUCCUUCAGGCUUUCGUGGUACUACCAAUCCUCCUCCCCCUUCACGUCCUCUACUCCCCUCAUGAUCUCUCAAAUAGCUCCAUGGUCAAGGCAUCGAUCUCAUCCCUUGUCGAAACUUCGGGAGCGCGGUGGCUGUGGGUGCACGCCGUCUUGAUCUGGUGGGUUACUCUCACAUGGAUCGCUACCACCUUGUGGAUAGCAUGGGGAGGUUUGGGAUAUCGUCGCCGUCAGAUCAAGCAGUUGCGCCGUCGGAUAGAGACUGGCCAAUAUGCACGACGACAGUUGACCGGAGGAGAAGAUGGGAACGCUGCUGCGGUACAUGGUGACGAUUGUGAGGGGAUCAAACGGUUCAAAACCAUCAUGGUGACCAACGUACCUCCCGAUAUGAGGAACGAACAAACAAUACGUGACUACUUUGAACACCAUAUUCAUCGCUACCGAGCGCGGUUCGGCGAUGGCGCUCAGCAACCUAAAUCUUCACCCAUCUUUGGCAGAAAGAAAUCCGAGAAAGGCCGCCUAGCCCGACAUAGUAGUGUCUUUCGUAAGAACAACGAGAAAGGAGAGACACCACACUCCUCCCCGGUGCCGGAAGAGGAGUUGUCCGCCAAUGAUUGCGCCAGUGCCGACGAUGAGCAUGAAGCGCGAGAAGUGGACGAGGUCAUCUUUGUCAGAAAGCUGGGUCCGCUAGAGAAUCUCCGGGCAAGGCGACAUGCUGUCCUGAGGCAAUUGGAAGCGGCGCACGUCAAGUUGGCUCAAAGAAUCUUGCGGGCGGUGGCAAGUCACAAAGCGAGCCCAGAGUACACUCCAUCUACAAUAUCGACCGACUUUACCCAUUUGACGAUACCUCCUGGAAUCAGUAAGAAGGAGCGUUUAGACCUCCUGACCGAUGCCUUGGGCGCGUUUGUGGACGGAGGUCCGGUAGAAAGAGGAGAGAGCAAACAGACUGUUUGGGAAGUUCUGCACUCUCUACCUCGAGAAUUGCUUGACCCGUAUCAAGCGUUGACGCAUCUCAGUUCUCUCUUUCGAAAAGAAAACGCCCCACUAAUCGAUUACCUCACUACAAAGCUCAAUUAUCUCACUCUCCUUGUUGAUGAAGCACGUUCCAAGUCUCUGGAUGCCUAUCCUCCAUCUUCGACCGCCUUCGUAACUUUCAAAGACGCUUCGACAGCUCGUGUAGCGCUUUCCAUCCUUCCUGGACAUCCAAAACGUAGUCUAGCAUGUCACACUUGUUCCGCUCCGGACUGGACAGACCUUCUUUGGAGUCGACUGGCCAAGUCCACCUAUCGUGCUUCUUUCGUCCGUGGCUGGAUUGUUUUCCUGGGUGUAUGGCUGUUCACUCUGAUCUGGAUCUUCCCUGUGUCGGUCUUCUGUACUUUGACGUCUCUAUCGAACAUUGCGCAAUUCAUCAAGCCUCUGGCCAAAUGGUUGGCGGACAAUCCUAAGGCUUCAUCUGCCAUCACCUCGCUUGCUCCUGUCAUUUUGGUGGCACUUCUCACUCUGGCCAUCUGUCCGAUCUUGUUGGUCAUCUCCAACAAGGCGGAGACGAUCGUGACAAGAUAUGGAAUUCAUCAGUCUGUCAUGGAGCGAUUCUGGAAGUUCUUGAUAGUGAACGGUGUUGUCUUCUUCGCGAUUGGCCAGUCAGCCAUUGAGGCAUAUCUGGCAGCAUUCCAAGAGAGCAACUUUGACCCCUUACCGAUCGUAGCCUCAGCAUUUCCAUCUGCUGCCCCGUACUUUGCGUCGUAUAUCCUGCUACAAGUCGCAAUUCAGCCGUUCUUCGAGAUUUUCCGCUUUGGCUUACCAACUAUCCUAUAUGUCUUCGGAACUCGGGUCUCCAUUAUUCCGCGUCAAAGGGCCUCACGAACAAAUUAUCCAACGUUCAGUCACUUCUCUCAAGUACCCCAGCAGCUGUUGGCCGGUGCGAUCAUGCACCUGUUCAUGCUGCUAAAUCCUCUGGUCAUACCUUUCAUCGUAUGGAAACGCCAAUUCACCUACGUGUACGGACGACUGUACGAAAGCAACGGACGAAGAACCGCCAUCAGGGCCAUGCGUUAUAGUAUCGAUGGACUAGCUCACAAAGCCAAAGGAAACGCGAUAGCUACUGGUAUCCUAUUUUUCUUGACACUUAUAGCCAAGCUCAUGUGA